AUGGAUCUUGUCAUAGCCGCUGUCGCAGGUGAUCUCUCGAACCGUUUCAUCUCUUUCCUGAUGAACAAGUACGCAGAUCACGCGUGCUUGGAGGAGAAGGUGGAGAGGCUGCAACACCUCUUGCUGAGAGUUGGCAUGGUCGUCGAGGAGGCAGACUCGCGGUACAUCACCAACUCUUGUAUGCUCAUACAGCUGAAGACCCUAGCAGCAGCCAUGUACCAAGGCCACCAUGCGCUUGACACCAUCAAGUAUGGAAAACACAAAGAUGUUGCUGAGGAAUUGGUAUGUGACGCAUCCGCCUUACCUGUUUCUACUCCUUACAAACGUUCUCGCACAAUCGGUACUCGUGGAACAAACAAGGUUCUCGAACCAGACUUGCAAAGUGCGCUGCAGAACCUAGAGGCUAGUGUUGCUAACAUGGCGGAGUUUGUCGUGCUUUUGGGGGGAUGCGAGCGCAUCUCUCGUAGACCCUAUGAUGCAUAUCUUUACAUCGAUAACUUCAUGUUUGGUCGCCAUGUCGAGAGGCAGCAGAUCAUCAGGUUCUUGCUGGACCACAACACUCCUGGUUCUCCGGCCGUGCUUCCAAUCAUUGGUGACGCUGGAGUUGGGAAGAAAACUCUUGUGGUCCAUGUAUGCAAUGAUGAGAGGGUGCGUUCUCACUUUUCUAUGAUUUUGCACCUGAAUGGAGAUGAACUAUUCAGAAUGACAGACCAUGAAAAAUUGUCAGGGAGGAUACUGAUAGUUAUUGAGUUUGUUUCAUAUAUAGAUGAAGAUGACUGGACAAUGUUCCAUAAUUUUUUUAUGAACAUGGACAGAGGAAGCAAGGUGAUGAUCGUAGGUCGAUUCGUAGAGCUAGAGAAGUUUGGAACUGUUAAAUCUAUAUCCCUGAAAUGUCUGGCAUUAGAAGAGUUCAGGUACCUGUUCAAGACACUCGCAUUCGGAAGUGCGAACCCGACAGAUUAUCCUCGAUUAGUCGCGAUGGUGGAAGAGUUUGUCAUGGUGUUGGGAGGCUCACUCAUAUUAGCAAAUGUGCUUGCAGAUGCACUGAGGAAAAAUCUGGGUGCCCGUUUCUGGAUGUACAGGUUGAACGCGGUCAGAGAUAUGGUGAAGGCGAACAUUUCUUGUUUCGGCGCCCAUCCACAGGUGCUUCUGAAUCGAGGUCACCCAGUGCACCUAAUCGGCGGCAACAUUUUGACUCCUGCUGCUCCAUCGCACGUUCUAGACUGUGCUAUCGGUAUGGCUAAUGCUCCGGAAGAUGCUCUACCUAGGAUUAUGUUUGGGGACUUAAUAUCAGCAGCAGGUCACCUUGUCUUACCCAAAGGAGAUUUUAGGCUAAUUUCAUGGGAAUCAAGGCUACCGCCUUAUACACAAUUUAUUCACUUGGUGCACUCUGUUCCAAGCUGCCCCAAUGAUAAAACUGUAACAUCCUUGUCAGGGAAGAAGCGUCCGAGUUUAUUUGCCUAA